AUGCUCAUUGAACUUAGGCUUCUCCAAAUUCGCCAGGAAAAAAAGGAAUUAGGUGUAAUAAAGUCACGGCCAUUUCUCUCUGACGAGACAGGCAAACUGAUUCUGACAAAGGUCUACAGCGGAAAUAUAUACCGCGACGGUAUCAACCCAGAUGACGUAACCUUCGUCGAGGAUAUCGAUGUUCUCUAUGUUUACAUCGGUCCAGGUGCCUCCAAGAAUGAAGGGCUCAGUGCUUGGGACGAAGCCAUCGUAAGGAUUUAA